CAUGACGACGCCAGGCGGGACGGAGCGCGGGGGUUUCCUUUCGCUUCUACAAAACCUGGAGCCUUACAUCCACCCGCGCACGGGAACUCGACGGCUUUGUGGAAGGAAAAGACCCUACAUGGCGACAUCAGCGCGUGCCGUGGUGGAACCUAGUAGCCCAGCCGGCGGCAGUUCGGAGGAGGAAGCAGUUCGCAACAAGCGGAUCCGCGUGCUGGAGGCACAGCUGUCGCGGGAACAGCGCUUGCGCCAGGAGGCGUUAACGCAGACCAUGCAGAUGCGAGCGAUCCUGGCGGCGGUGGCGGCUGGUGACCAUCAGCCGGCGGCGCUGGACUCGGCUCUGGAGGCUUUAGAGGCGGCGCUGAACCAGGGCCACCCGCAGCCGCAGCCACAGGCUUCAGCAGCAGGGGGCGCGGCAGCCGGGCCCUCGGCUCCACCGGCGCCCCCUGCUCAGCUGCUGGAGGCGGGCCAGGUGGCGCCACGACGGCAGCAGCUGCAACAGCCGCAGCAGCAGCGGGCCGGCAUGGCCGCGGCAGCUGCUGUGGGCACCGUGCCGGGUGUGGCUGCGGAGGGCGCGGGUCCGGCAGACACGGCAGCGGAGGAGAACGCGGCGGCGGGUGCCUCGGUUGGGGCCUCGCUCGGCGGCGGCUGAGGGCACGUCAGCAGCCCGCGGCGCCUCGGGCAGCGGCGGCUCCUCCGCCGCCACGGUCGGCGACUCGGGGGCUGGCUCCGCCGACCCAGCAGUUGGCUCUCUCUAGGUGCUGCCGCUACUGCUGCCACUGCCGCAUCUCGCGCUGCAGCGGCUGCUGCCCCACCGGACCAGGAGGCGGCGGCUGCUGAGGACCAGGUGACGGAGGCUGCUGCGGUGUCAGCGGCAAGCCACAAGCGCCCGCGCGCCGGCACCUUCGCUAGCGGCGGUGGCGGAGGGAAAGGGGAGGGGGGAAGCGGCCUGCGGGCCAGGGCAGCAGGGGUAGCCGCGCCAUGGCCGCAGCAAAAGCGACAGCGAAAGCACGCAUUAGCGCACGCACAGGAUGCUGUUUAUUGCUUGGUAAGCAUACCGUACAUUGUUGUUUGCCGGUGUAGUCGCGGAAUGUUGGCGCGGGGGUUUGUAGGUACCGUAAAAAGGGUGUGACUUCAGUUGCGCGGGCGUGGCAAUGGUCGCGGCCAUAAGCAUGCCAGCCACAUGCGACACGCGUGUCCGACAGCCCGAGUGUGUGGUCGGCUGCGUGCAAGGUUUGAGGCACACAGGGCUGAGGCCAGGGCGGGAUCUCUCCUCGGGUGAGCGUGCGUGUCUCGUACGUUUUUGGGGCCCUAGCUUAGUCCACGGCUGUCGUCCCACAUGUAACCUCUAUCAGCC